AAAUUGUCAAAUUGACGUUUGACGUUGUGGAUGUGGACACGUAUUAUUUUAGGUUUCGAUUGUAAAUUAUUUCUCAUUUCCUCUGUAAUUUACUUAAGUCCAUGUGAAUUAAAUACAUAAAGUGAUAACAUACAGAUUUGUGCACGAGAUACCGAACAUAAAAAAAUAUCCAGCAUGGCAGGCGUGGAGCAGCCAUGCUAUACCCUGAUCAACUUCCCGACGGACUCUGAGCCUUACAAUGAGAUGCAACUCAAGUUGGAUCUUGAGAAGGGUGACAUAAAAAAGAAAAUAGAGGCUCUAAAGAAGACAAUAGGCAUCAUCCUCUCUGGCGAGAAGAUCCCCGGUCUUCUGAUGAUAAUCAUCAGGUUUGUGCUGCCCCUGCAAGACCAUAUGAUCAAGAAGCUGUUGCUUAUCUUCUGGGAGAUUGUGCCCAAGACCACUCCUGAUGGCAAGCUCAUGCAGGAGAUGAUCCUUGUCUGUGAUGCGUACAGGAAGGAUCUGCAACACCCCAAUGAGUUCAUCCGUGGCUCCACUCUCCGCUUCCUGUGCAAGCUGAAGGAGCCGGAACUCUUGGAGCCCCUGAUGCCUGCCAUCAGGGCUUGCCUGGACCACCGCCACUCCUAUGUCAGGAGGAAUGCGGUGCUUGCCAUCUUUACUAUCUACAGAAACUUCGAGUUCCUAAUCCCCGACGCACCGGAGCUGGUGGCGAACUUCUUGGAAACUGAACAGGAUAUGUCAUGCAAGAGGAAUGCGUUCCUCAUGUUGUUGCAUGCUGACCAGGAGCGAGCGUUGACCUACCUUUCGUCUAGACUGGAUAACGUGCAGAGCUUUGGUGAUAUACUGCAGUUGGUUAUUGUGGAGCUGAUAUAUAAGGUGUGUCACGCGAACCCGUCAGAGCGUUCUCGUUUCAUCCGCACAGUAUACAGCCUUCUGAACGCAACUAGCGCCGCCGUGCGGUACGAAGCGGCCGGGACACUCAUCACGCUGUCGAACGCGCCUGCUGCUAUUAUAGCGGCAGCAGCAUGCUACAUCGACCUGAUCGUCAAGGAGUCGGACAAUAAUGUGAAGCUGAUCGUUGUGGGGCGUCUAUCAGCCCUGCGUUCUAGCGCUGGAGAGGCUGGUGCGAGGGCCCUGCCCAACCUGGCCAUGGACGUGCUGCGCGUGCUGGCGGCGUCAGACCUGGACGUCAGGAGGCACACGCUGGUGCUGGCACUGGAGCUGGUCAGCUCGCGUCAUGCGGAGGAACUGGUGCAAGUCCUACGUAAGGAAGCUGCGAGAGCUACCUCCGCCGACCAUGAAGAUGCUGCUAAAUACAGACAGUUGCUUGUGAGAGCGAUGCAUAGAGCUGCUCUCAAGUUCCCAGAAGUAGCAGGCAGUGUAGCCCCGGCUUUACUAGAACUGUUGGGUGACGGCAGCGAGCCGGCUGCGCAAGAUGUCAUGCUGUUCCUACGCUCUGCACUGCACACCUUUGUGGAUCUGAGAGACCAAAUAUAUCAGAAACUGCUGGAGUCAGUGGGCGGUAUCCGCGUGGGUAAGAUAGCGCGGUCGGCGCUGUGGCUGCUGGCGCAGUUCGCCGACACGCCGGAGCGGGCGCGGGCGGCGCUGGACGCCCUCGCCGCCGUCAUACCCUCCUCUGUCAGCGGGGAGGAGAAGCCUCAGCCGGACACGUCGGCGCCUCGGCAGCUGGUCACCAGCGACGGCACAUACGCCUCGCAGUCUGCCUUCAAUUUGCCUGCUGCUACUCCAGCCCCAGUAGGCGCGGCCGGGCUGUGGGCUGCACUAGGCUCCGGCGAGAGCUUCACAGCAGCAUGUGCGUGCUCCGCGCUGUGCAAGCUGGCUCUCAAGCUGGACAAGCGUGACGCUGCCUCUGCCAUGCACCUGGCUGCCAGGCUGCUAGCCUUCCAUAAGCAGAAUGCUGGUACAAACGGCACCCAAUCAGGUCUAACUGCCGACGACCUGGAGCACGGCGCCAUGUGUGUGCUGGCGGGUAGUUCCCGCCCCGACGUGGUGCGCGCCGCGCUGCUGGCGGGCUCGCACCGCGCGCUGGCCGCGCUGCUGGCGCUGCCCGACCGCGCCGCCAACCUGCUGGACGAUGCCGACAAGGAGCGUGAAGUGAAGCCCGACGACAACAAAGUGGACGUGGAGGCGGGCAUCGUGUUCGCGCAGCUGGCGGGCGGCGCCACCGCCACCACGCACCACGACAUGUUCGAGCUGUCGCUUACUAAGGCGCUGCAAGGUCGCAGCACCGGCGUGAGCGAGGAACGCGGCAAGCUGUCGAAGGUGACGCAGCUGACGGGCUUCUCCGACCCCGUGUACGCCGAGGCCAUCGUCGCCGUCAACCAGUACGACAUCGUCUUGGAUGUGCUCGUUGUUAAUCAGACUGACGACACGCUACAGAACUGCACGGUGGAGCUGGCGACGCUGGGCGACCUGCGGCUGGUGGAGCGGCCGGCGGCGCUGGUGCUGGCGCCGCGGGACUUCGCCUCCAUCAAGGCGCAUGUCAAGGUCGCCUCCACCGAGAACGGCAUCAUCUUCGGCAAUAUCGUAUACGAAGUAUCAGGCGCAUCAAUGGACCGUGGAGUAGUAGUGUUGAAUGACAUACACAUUGACAUCGUGGACUACAUCCAGCCCGCUGUCUGUACUGAUGCCGACUUUAGGCAGAUGUGGGCCGAGUUCGAGUGGGAGAAUAAGGUGUCCGUGAACACGAACAUCACAGAUCUGCGCGAGUACUUACAGCAUCUACUAGCUUCUACCAACAUGAAGUGUCUUACUCCUGAGAAGGCCCUGUCUGGUCAGUGCGGGUUCAUGGCGGCGAACCUGUACGCGCGGUCGAUCUUCGGCGAGGACGCGCUCGCCAACCUCAGCAUCGAGACGCCGCUGCACAAGCCCGGCUCGCCCGUCGUCGGCCACGUGCGGAUACGCGCCAAGAGCCAGGGCAUGGCGCUAAGCCUGGGCGACAAGAUCAACAUGAUGCACAAGACGCCGCACCAGAAGCCGCCGCCCAACCCCAUCCCCGCCGCGUAAGCUAUCGACUUCUAACAGCUACACGAGUCACCUAGCGCAUGCAAUCUACACCUUACUGCCUUAACAUACAGUCGACAUUCCUACUUACAUCGACCGCCACUAAACUCGUGCAAAUGAAUUUAUACCUUGUGUUGUGGGUAUAAAGUAUGUAUUCAGUUUCAGAUAGUAAAUUCUUUUUUUGAAUUGUGAUGUUUUAUAAUAUUUCCUGUACUUUAUUUUAUAAUCCGGGUGUAAGUUCCGAGAAAAAUAAUAGUUCUAUAAAUAAAUUGUACCAAACUAACCAUGUAUGUGUUUGAGCUAAUUUGAUCGGUCUCGCAUUUAUGUUACUUACUGAAAUCUUUGUGUUUUGUGUAGGCGAGGCCUGGCAAACGCCGGGAUUAGUAACGCCAGGCAGAAGAAGAAGACUUAAACUUUCCUGUAUUAUUGUAGGUUAUAUCGAAUCCCUCCGGCUCACUAAACUGUCCUAAUAUGACAUCAAACGGCACAUUUUUUUAUCAUAAAUUGUGAAUUACGUCGUCACAAUAUUUGUCGAUAUUAGUGAUGUGCUCAUCGCAGUCUUGUGUAAAGCCGGGCAAUUUUUUAUAUGACUAAUAAGUGGUUAAUUUGAUCCCCUUAUUGGCUAGACAAUAAUUUUAUUUCUUCGAAUAGUGCUAUUAUGUGUACUUGUAGACUUGCCCAAUUUCAUCUGUCCUGACUAUCGAUCAUAUCGAUAAAAUUUUAUACUGGUAGUUUUGAUAUCGAUAAAAUUGUGCAAGUGUAUGCAGUAUUUAGUUAAUUGUGUUUUAAUAUAUUUUAAUUUAUACGUAUUGCCAGGCAUUGUAAAUGCAGUAAGUGUCAAUAUAUUGUGUAGUUGUUAUUUAGUCCUUUGUAUUUCGCUAUUUAGUUGUAACAAACAUUUAUUAUUAUUAGAUUUAUUGUAUUGAAUAUAACAUUUAUCAAUUA